ACACCAACUAACUCUAACCGCCAAAAUCGCUUUUUUUUCCAAAUUAUAUUUCUUUCCAAAUUAUACGUCUCUUACGCUUCCCAUCUAAGUCUCGCCAUUCUGCACCUCACCCCUCUAAGACUCGCGAUUCUGCACCCCUCUCAGUCUCGCGAUUCCCCUCUAAGUCUUGCGAUGCUGCACCCCUCUAAGUCUCGCGACUCUGCAGAAGAUAUUUUGAGAAAUUGAUGAGCUAAAUAUGCUAAGGGUUGGCUUCUGGUAACUUAAAUAUGUCGCACGAAUUUGAUGAUGAAGAUCGGCCAAUAACUUUUAAAAGAAGCUCAAUGUCAAAGAGUAAUGAAUUGCAUUCAAAAAGGAGGAAGUCAACUUCUCAUUGCCAUGAUGGACAAUCAUAUAAAAAGACCUCUGAUGUGCUUUCUUCAAAUGGCCAAUGUUCUAGCUCACAAAAUGGUAAGGUUGUCCCAUCCGCUAAGGCAACUUCCGUGAAAUGUUCUGUGGGUAUAUCAACAGCAUCAACAUCAAAUCUCAAAACUUAUACACGGUUCUCUUCAGCUAAUUCAAAUUCUACAAACCAUCUUAAAGAAGACAAAUGUGAAAAUUCUGAGGACGAGGAGGAUAAAAUACCGUUGAGUGUUAGGAUGAAGAUGAACAAUGACAAUGCUAAGCAAGCAACUCCCAAUGUAUCUACGCUGUCUGUCAAGAGACCACUCGAUAAACUUGACUCAUUACAUUCUUCAGGUAAGAAAGCAAAACUCUCAGAUUUAGCUUCAUCAAUUAAUGCUAAACAAAUAUCGGCGAAAUCUGAGCCGCAUGCCGAGGAGGAAGAGGAUGAUGAUGAUAUUCCUCUUUCCUUGGUAAUGAACAAUUUGGCCACAUCAGUGAAUAAUAAAUCAUUUUCAUUGAAGAAGUUCACUAAAGUCAAUAAGGGUGCUGCUCCAUUUGUUAAGGAAAAGGAAAAGUUAAAAAAAUCAGAACAUUUCAAAUCUACUAAACUUCUGCAGAGCUCUGGUGAUGGGCAGAAAAAAUGGACUACUUUUGUUCACAAUGGUAUCAUAUUCCCACCUCCUUACAAUCCCCAUGGGGUAAAGAUUCUCUAUAAGGGGAAGCCAGUAACUCUAACCCCAGAACAAGAGGAGGUUGCCACAUGGUUUGCAGACAUGUGGGACACAGAAUACAUGCAAAAUGAAAUAUUCAAGAAUAAUUUUUGGAAUGACUGGCAGAAGUUGCUUGGAAAAAAUCAUGUGAUUCAGAAUGUAAAAGAUUGUGACUUUACACCGAUUUAUGAUUGGUGCCAGAAUGAGAAGGAUAAGAAGAAACAAAUGAGUUCAGCAGAGAAGAAGGCCCUAAGAGAGGAGAAAAUGAAACAAGAAGAGAAAUACAAGUGGGCUAUUGUUGAUGGUGUUAAAGAGAAGGUUGGCAAUUUUAGAGUUGAACCUCCAGGAUUGUUCCGUGGACGUGGAAAGCAUCCCAAGACAGGCCACGUGAAGAAGCGCAUCGGUCCAAAUGAUGUCAUAAUUAAUAUUGGAAAGGAUGCACCAAUUCCCGAAUGUCCUAUUCCUGGUGCAAGCUGGAAAGAAAUAAGACAUGAUAAUACAUGUAGCUGGUUAGCCAAAUGGCGUGACCCAACCAAAGCAAAGUCAUCCAAAUAUGUGUUUCUGGCAGCUAGUAGUUCCUGGAAUGGGCAGAGCGACAAGGAAAAGUAUGAGAAAGCAAGGAUGUUGAAGAGUUAUAUAGGGAACAUCAGGGCUGCAUAUACAAAAGGUUUCACGAGCAUAGAUAUUACUAAGCAGCAAAUAGCUGUUGCUACUUAUUUCAUUGACAAACUAGCUUUGAGGGCUGGCAAUGAGAAGGAUGAUGAAGAAGCAGAUACAGUUGGUUGUUGCACGCUAAAAGUAGAAAAUGUGAUGGCAGAAGGCCACAACAAGUUGAAGUUUGACUUUCUUGGUAAAGAUUCUAUCAAGUAUGAAAAUACAGUUGAGGUGGAGCUUCCUGUUUAUAAUGCCAUUUUGAAGUUCCAAAAAGAUAAAUGCCCUGGUGACGCACUUUUUGACAAGCUGGAUACAAGUAUAUUAAAUGCUCAUCUGAAGGAACUCAUGCCUAACCUGACAGCAAAAGUCUUCCGUACAUUCAAUGCAUCAUUCACUUUGGACGAUAAGUUAAAUAAGGAAACUAAAGAUGGAGAUGUUGCAGAAAAAGUUGUUGUCUAUCAGCAUGCAAAUAAACAGGUUGCAAUCAUUUGUAAUCAUCAGCGCAGUGUUUCAAAAUCUCACAGUUCACAAAUUUCAAAAUUGAGUGGAAAGAUUGAUGAACUUCAGGCUGUUUUGAAGGAGCUGAAAAUAGAUUUGGAUAGGGCAAGAAAAGGAAAGCCACCUCUAAAGUGUUCUGGCGUGAAGAACCAAAGUAACUUGAAUCCUGAAGCGAUAGAGAAAAAGAUAGCUCAAACCAGCGCAAAAAUUGAGAAAAUGCAACGUGAUAUGCAUACAAAAGAAGAUCUAAAAACUGUGGCACUUGGUACAUCUAAGAUAAACUACCUAGAUCCCAGGAUAUCAGUUGCCUGGUGUAAGCGGAAUGAGGUUCCUAUUGAAAAGAUUUUCAGUAAAACUCUGCUGGAAAAAUUUGCUUGGGCGAUGGAUGUAGAUCCUGACUUCAGAUUUUGAGACCUAUGAGAUGUAUACACAUAUUAAACGAGGCAAAGUUUUGUAGUUUCAUUCUUGUUUAUUUUAUAUGUGAUUGUUUGACUCAAGGACAAGUUUAGAUUAGAGAUAUUUGCGGUGUAGUUUAAAUUGAUUAUGAAAUAAAAAAUUUAUCAUAUUAAAAAAUUAAAA